AUGGCAAAGGCGGGAGAGAACAGCUUUGAGGAUGAAAUCAUGGAGUCGGACAUCGAAUUGGAAGGGGAAGUUGUUGAGCCGGACAAUGAUCCUCUGCAGAAGAUGGGAGAUCCAUCAGUUGAAGUCUCUGAAGAAAUGCGCGACAAGGCACAGCUCUACAAAAAGAAGGGCGUUGAUGCACUUUCAGAAGGUAAACUGGACGAAGCAGUCGAGCACCUGACGGAGGCCAUCUUGCUGAACCCCACUUCAGCUAUCCUCUAUGCAGCCAGGGCUGGUGUUUUUGUGAAGAUGAAGAAACCAAAUGCAGCAAUUCUUGAUGCGGAGGCAGCAUUACAGAUAAAUCCAGAUUCUGCUAAAGGAUAUAAAUCACGAGGGAUGGCGAAAGCUAUGCUUGGGAAGUGGGAAGAUGCUGCUCAUGACCUUCACUUGGCAGCAAAAUUGGAUUUUGAUGAAGAGAUCAGCUCAGAGCUUAAGAAGGUUGAACCCAAUGUACACAAAAUUGAGGAGCACAAGAAAAAGUAUGAACGCCUGCGUAAAGAGAGGGACAUGAAAAAAGCUGACUUGGAAAGACAACGUAGGCAUGCUGAGGAGGUUUCUGCUGCUUCUGCUGUUCUAAAGCCUGGUGAUGUGAUCACUAUCCACUCAUCUAAUCAACUGGAAGAAAUAUUUACAGCCGCGUCAAAACUGUCAAAGCUUGUGAUUCUGUAUUUUACUGCAACAUGGUGUGGACCAUGUCGUUUUAUGGGCCCUGUUUACAAAAGCUUAUCUGAACAGCACCGGAAUGUCGUAUUCCUUAAGCUGGACAUUGAUCAACAAGGCAAUAUUGCCCAUCGCUGGAAUGUCUCAAGUGUUCCAACAUUCUCCUGUGUGAUAAACGGCAAAGAGAUUGAUAAGGUUGUCGGGGCUGACAAGACCGGCCUUGAGAGAAAAAUUGCGCAGCAUGGCUCUCUUAAACACUGA